CUUGCGUCGGAUAUACAGCUGUGUAGUCAGCUGCUUGUUAAAGCCUAAAAUAUCAGUUCUGCGUCUUCGUUUAUUCCUCCGGUUCCUGCUGACGCCCUUCCUUCGUCUUGUUCGAUCGUGACAUCUUCUCGCACACAGAACUCACACAGACACACAACCUUCACGAUGGGUGCUCUCGAUAGACUUUCUCAGCUGGGCAGCCAGAUCUCUGGCACUGCCUCCGCCGGUGGCAAGGCUAAGCUUCUCGAGAAGAACCCUGACGAUAUCGUCGUCACGGCAGCCCUCCGCACCGCCAUCUGCAAGGGCGGCAAGGGUUUCUUCAAGGACACAUUCGCCGCGGACCUCAUGGCCGGCGCCCUCAAGGGCAUCAUCGAGCGCUCCAAGAUCAACCCCGCACUCGUCCAGGAUAUCGCCGUCGGUACCGUGCUCGCCCCCGGCGGCGGUGCCACCGAGAUGCGCGCCGCCGCCCUGGUCGCCGGCUUCCCCGUCGAGACCGCCGUGCGCACCCUCAACCGCCAGUGCUCGUCGGGCCUGCAGGCCUGCGUCGACAUUGCCCACCAGAUCCGCAGCGGCAUGAUCGAGAUCGGCAUCGGCGCCGGCGUCGAGAGCAUGUCCACCCAGUACGGCCCCGGCGCCGUGUCCGAGUUCUCGGACCUCCUCGAGUCGUACCCCGAGGCCGCCAACUGCAAGGUGCCCAUGGGUGUGCUCUCGGAGCAGAUGGCCAAGGACCGCAACAUCACGCGCGCCAGCCAGGACGCCUUCGCUGCCGCCUCGUUCAAGAAGGCCGUCGACGCCCAGGCGGCCGGCCUCUUCAAGGAGGAGAUCCACCCGAUCAAGGUCAAGUACGAGGACCCCAAGUCGGGCGAGACCAAGGAGAUUGUCGUCGACCGCGACGACGGCAUCCGCCCGGGCGUCACGGUCGAGUCCCUCUCCAAGAUCCGGCCCGCCUUCGCCAAGGACGGCUCCAUCCACGCCGGCAACGCCAGCCAGGUCAGCGACGGCGCCGCCGCCGUGCUCAUGAUGAAGCGCUCCACCGCCGAGCGCCUCGGCCAGCCCAUCCUGGGCAAGUUCGUCGCCGCCUCCGUCGUCGGCGUCCCGCCCCUGCUCAUGGGCAUCGGCCCCUGGAAGGCCAUCCCCAAGGUCUUUGAGCUGACGGGCAUCACCAAGGAUGACGUCGACAUCUUCGAGAUCAACGAGGCCUUCGCCAGCCAGUGCCUGUGGUGCGCCAACGAGCUCGGCCUGCCCCAGGAGAAGAUCAACCCCAAGGGCGGCGCCAUCGCCUUUGGCCACCCGCUCGGCUGCACCGGCGCCCGCCAAGUCUCCACCCUGCUCUACGAGCUGAGGAGGAGGGGCCAGAAGAUUGGCGUCACGUCCAUGUGCGUCGGUACCGGCAUGGGUAUGGCUGCUGUGUGGGUUGCCGAGUAAAAAAAAGGAAGAAGAGAGAGCAGCCGGAAAGGGAAGAAAGAUGGAAAAAUGGAGAUUUUCUUGUAUACCUAAUCUCUUGUUCGUUUAUGACAUGACGGCUUGUGUAUUCUUAAGAGCAAUGCAUGCGGGUUUGGUCACCUGGGACAAUACACAUAUACAUAAGUUGAAGAACCCCAGAUUC